AUGAAUAUUUUUGAAGUGCUUAAAACUGAACGACCAAUUGAAUCAUCAGGUACUGAAACUGGGAAGAUUCCUACUUUUAUCUUAAAGUUAUGGCAAAUUGUUAAUGAUACGGAAUAUAAUCGUAUAAUUGGAUGGAGUGAGAAUGGUUCAAGUUUUCUUGUUAAAGAACCUUAUAUUAUGUACAAGAAAAUUCUUCCAUUAUAUUUUAAACAUUCAAAUUUAAAUAGUUUUAUUCGCCAACUUAAUAUGUAUGGAUUUAAAAAAAUAAUAGAUAUUGAAAAGACGGGUAAUCUAAAUUUUAAUAGUAUGAAUAUUUCUGAAUUUUCUCAUAAAUUCUUUCUUCGUGGAAGAGUUGAUUUACUAAACAAUAUUAAAAGAAAAAUAUCAAGUCAAAAAGUAGUACAUGAAAAUUAUAUUAAUUUUGAAAACAACCACAUAAAUUCUGAAAAUAUUAAACUUUUAAAUGAAAUAAAAAAUAUGAAAAGUAAACAAUCUGAUACGGAAAAUUUUAUCAAUCAGCUGGUAUUGCAAAAUGAAACUUUAAAAAAGGAAAUUACAAUUUUACAUACAACAUAUAAAAUGCAACAAAAUGUUGUAAAAAAAUUAUGUGAUAUCAUUGGUAAAUUUGGGAAUCAACAGUCAAAAUCAAUGAUAGUAAUACCUUCACCAAUAUUUUCAACAACUAAAAAUAAUACAGGAUCACCAAGUUACAACAAUCAAGUUAAUUAUUCAUCUCAAAAUACCAAAUCAAAUUAUGUUGAUUUGGAUUAUAUUAAUAUAGCAAUUAGUAGUAGCGAUACUACUCCUUAA